AUGAAUCUGAAAAUGGGACAUUCUCAAGCUUCGAUAACCCUUGAGUCAGUCGAGCAUCAUGUCCAAGUAAUAAUCUCGAAGCUCUUUGCGUUUUAUAUGCGCAAGGACAGGGCGACUAUCUGGGAGAAUGAAAACGACCCGGAAGUUAUCCUUGCUGCUUUGCUACAUGAUAUCGGGCGCUUUAUCCCUGCCGCAGAGAAAAUGAGCAAAAUAAUAGCGCCGGAUGGGCAUUAUGUUGGCCGUAUGAGCCAUGGGGCCCUAGGGGAGUCUUAUCUACGCGAAAUCGGAUUGAGUGAGCGAAUAUGUCAGCUCAUUGGCGCUCAUGUCAUGGCUAAGCGCUAUCUUGUUGCUACUGAUAAAACGUACCAUGAUGGGCUGAGCGAGACGAGUAAGCAGACUUUACGAUUUCAGGAAAAAGAAAUUCUAGAAGCAGAACAGGAUCCAUGGUUAAAGGUAAAACUUGCAGUCAAACGAUGGGAUGACUUGGCCAAAGACCCCGAUUGCAAAGUACCUCCUCUAAAAGCAUACGAAGCAAUUGCACAACACUGUUUGUUGGAAUCACGAUCUCGAUUCACGCUCCACUCUGAAGAAUAUCACAUUCCGACCCAGCCAACUGUGGUCAUCUGUAUUGAUGGAUUUGAUCCGGAAUACCUUGACUCUGGACUGAAGAGAGGCCUGUUACCUGGUUUUCAAAAACUCAUAGAUGCGGGAUUCCAUGCCACGGCGAAAAGCUGCAUGCCGUCACUUACCAACCCCAACAAUGUGCCUAUCAUUACAGGCGUGCCGCCCUCAAUCCAUGGAAUCGCAGGUAAUUUCUUUCUCGACCGAGAGUCCGACGAGACGAAAAUGAUCACUGACGAUUCUUUGCUCCGAGGCUCCACGCUACUGGAGCAGAUCUGUCUGCGUGGAGUGCGCGUAGCUGCUAUUACCGCAAAGGAUAAACUGCGCAAAAUCCUAGGUCAUGGCUUGAAGGGAGCAAUUUCUUUCUCAGCUGAGAGAUCAUCAGAUUGCAGCCUGGAGGAUAAUGGAAUCGAGGAGGUCGAGAAAUGGCUUGGCCAGCCAGCUCCAAGCCAAUGUUCUGGGGAACUAUCCAUUUUUGCGCUAGACGCAGGCAUUAAGCUCUUGGAAGAAAAGAGAUCGGACUUUCUUUACUUGACGCUCUCCGAAUAUAUUCAACAUAAGCAUGUCCCUGGAGAUAAAGAGGCUGAUAAGUUCAUGCAAGCGAUUGACCAGCGACUACAGAAGCUUGUUGAUUUAGCUCCUAUUGUUGGCGUCACUGGUGAUCACGGAAUGAGCUCGAAGACAAAUGAAUUGGGGAUGCCAAAUGUGUUGUUCCUUGAAGACGUGUUGAAUGCAAACUUUGGGCCCGGGGCUACUCGAGUCAUAUGCCCUAUCACUGAUCCGUUCGUACGACACCAUGGGGCACUUGGGUCAUUUGUGCGUGUCUACUUGAAAGAGGUCAGCAUGCUCGAAUCAGUGUUAUCUUCCUGUCAGUCUCUUAUGAGUAUCGGUCACCAAUGUGUGGCGGUCAGGCCGACGGUGGGCAUUCUGUCAGUGGCUCUCGUUUAG